AGUUGGGGCUGGUGGCUGGAGCACCCACACCUCCUGCCUAGGGGGGCGUGGGAUGGGGGAAGGGGAGGGAAACAGAGAGGGGCGCAGGCACCGACUAGUGGCUACCGCGCACUUCAAAAGGCGUCCCCGGGCUGCGCUCUAUUCCCGCACCCUGGGAACUUCUGAGAACUGCGCGCCCGCCUUCUCUCUUUCUCUGCUUUCUGCUGUCCUUCCUCUCUUUCCUGGCUUGCAGCCGGCCCCCCGCAGUGACCAUGACCCGGGCGCUCCACUUCGCGCUCCACCAGGCUCUGGUGCUCUUCGCCAUCGCCGCCUCUCUCUCUGCAGGACUGAAGUGUGUGUGUCUGUUAUGUGAAUAUUCAAACUUUACCUGCCAAACUGAAGGGGCAUGUUGGACCUCAGUCAUGCUAACAAAUGGUAGAGAAGAGGUGAUCAAAUCCUGUGUCUCCCUUCCAGAGCUCAAUGCUCAAGUCUUCUGCCACAGCUCUAACAACAUUACAAAGACUGAAUGCUGCUUCACAGAUUUUUGCAACAAUAUUACCCUACACCUCCCAGCAGCUGCAGCAUCUCCCAAACUGCAAAAACUAGGACCAGUGGAGCUGACCAUAAUUAUUACCGUGCCAGUAUGCCUUUUGUCCAUUGCUGCAAUGUUGACUAUAUGUACCUGUCAAGGACGUCAAUGUACUUAUAAAAAGAAAAAGAGGCAAAAUGUGGAAGAACCAUUAAAUGAAUGCAACUUAGUAAAUGCUGGCAAAACUCUUAAAGAUCUUAUUUGUGAUAUGACUACAUCUGGGUCUGGAUCUGGUUUACCUUUAUUGGUCCAGAGGACAAUUGCAAGGACGAUCGUACUUCAGGAAAUAGUAGGAAAAGGUAGAUUUGGUGAAGUCUGGCAUGGCAGGUGGUGUGGGGAAGAUGUGGCUGUGAAAAUAUUCUCAUCAAGAGAUGAAAGGUCUUGGUUUCGGGAAGCAGAAAUCUACCAAACAGUUAUGCUGAGACAUGAAAACAUCCUUGGUUUCAUUGCUGCUGAUAAUAAAGAUAAUGGAACUUGGACUCAGUUGUGGCUUGUAUCUGAAUACCAUGAGCAGGGCUCUUUAUAUGACUAUUUAAAUAGAAACACAGUUACAGUGGAUGGUAUGGUCCGUUUGGCACUGUCAGUAGCCAGUGGUCUGGCCCAUCUACAUAUGGAGAUAGUUGGUACCCAAGGCAAACCUGCAAUUGCUCAUCGAGAUCUAAAAUCAAAGAAUAUUUUAGUGAAAAAAUGUGAAGCCUGUGCCAUUGCAGACUUAGGACUAGCUGUGAAGCAUGAUUCAGCCCUGAACACAAUUGACAUCCCUCAAAAUCCCAGAGUUGGAACAAAGAGGUAUAUGGCUCCUGAAGUACUUGAUGACACAAUGAAUAUGAAUAUCUUUGAGUCCUUUAAACGUUCUGAUAUAUAUUCUCUUGGUCUUGUGUAUUGGGAGAUAGCACGGAGAUGUUCAGUUGGAGGAAUCACUGAGGAGUACCAAUUGCCUUUCUAUGACAUGGUGCCUUCAGAUCCCUCAAUAGAAGACAUGCGGAAAGUUGUUUGUGACCAGAAAUAUAGACCAAAUAUUCCAAACCAGUGGCAAAGCUGUGAGGCACUCCGGGUAAUGGGUAGAAUAAUGAGGGAGUGUUGGUAUGCAAAUGGGGCAGCUCGCCUGACAGCUCUGCGUAUUAAGAAGACCAUUUCUCAACUCUGUGUAAAAGAAGACUCCAAAGUAUAAGUGAUAUUUGGCGUUCAAAAGGAAUCUUUUUUAAAAUUGUAAAUAUUUUUUUGCUUUAUUGUUUUGCCUUUGCUCUACCUCAGAGAUAUACAGUAUUUAAAUGCCCAAAGCAAGCCCUAACACCCUGCUUUAAAGUUGAGUGCUGACUGGGCAACUUUUGGCUGAUCUUGUUUUGUAUUGUCUUUUAUUUUAAAUUGUAACUCACUAAUUUUUUUCCAUAAAGUUAAGAAAAGAAUACCAAAAAAAAAGCAGAGAAGAAAUGUGUAACUAUAUAUAUAUAUAUAUAUAUAUAUUUUUUUUUUUUCCUACUUGAAACAAAUUCAGAUGAAUUGUUUUAUUCUAAGGUAAAAUAUGUGAUGGACCAAAUUAAUUGAGAAUGCUUAGUAGUUUUCCUUCAGUUUUUCAUAUUUUCCCCACAAGCAGAAUGAACUUGUUUAGUUACUGUAUUCACAAUUUAGUUACAAAACAAUGAAGAAUGAGAUCUUUCACAAAAAGUGGUAAGAGACUUAAGUGAACUUCCAGAUCUAUCCAUUUGAUAUUCUCUUCAUAAAACAUCAGUCACUUCAUUUAUUGCCCUAUCAAGCAGUAUUACUCUCUUAUUUUUCAAUUAUUUACAUCUCUCUUGAUAUCUCUCUCUCUUCCUCACUCUCUCAUCUGUCUUUUGCUUUCUGUUUCUCAGAGUUUAGUCAGGUUUAAAUUUGCCUUCAAUAGGAAUUUCUAAAAUGAAAGUGAAGGACUGGCGACUGUUCAUACUGUCUGUCUUAGCUACACAUUCUGUUGGACAGGCUUAUAGAGUGUCCGUCCAAAGGCAUAUUGAAAGCAUAUUGAAAUAGACAUUCUUUACACAUUUGCUCUUUCUUGGGUGGAUAGAUAAACCAGACUCCUUUAUCUUUUUUGUUCAGCUCCAAAUGAGAAGAAGAAAGAAUUUGUGGAAGGAGGGAAAGGGAAAAUGAUGAUUGGUGACAAACAAAAAAAUCUCUUAAAUAUGGAAGCUAAUCUUAUGAUUCUACAGAGUAACAUAAGAAAUAUCCUUGUUUGAUAGCUGCUGUAAAUGCAUACUCACCCUCUAGUCCAGAAUAAAUAUCAGUCUUUUGUGAGUAGGAAGAAAUUCUGAUUUUACUGCUUUUUGCUUUUUGUCCACUGCCCUUGGGGAAGUCAAAUACUCAAAUGGUUCUAUGAUCUGUUCUAUUUGUUGUUCCCUCCAAACAUGCAGAAUGAAUACUAUCUCCACUUAGUAGACAUUCUUUAUACAUUUGGUCUUUCUUGUGUGGAUAGAUAGGCCAAACUCUUUCAAGUGAUUACACAUCUUUUUUAGUACAAAAGGCUAGUAAAAAACAAUUUCUUGGGCUCUACUUGGUAUAGAUUUAGGACUAUUUUAGUAUUACUCCUGAAUGAUCUUUUAAAAAACCUCCAUCUAAUUUACUAUUGAAACACUGGUUAGCGAUUGAUUGCCCUUGGAUUCCAAAUGGAAAUAUGUUACACUGGCUAUAUAAGCAGCUAGGUUGCUUGAUGGAUAGAGCCCUGGGUCUGGAAUCAGCAAGGUCUGAAUUUAGAACUGGUAUCAGACACCAGUUGUGUGAUUUUGGGGAAGUCACUUAACCAUGCUUGCCUCAGUUUCCUCAUCUGUAAAAUUAACUGGAAAAGAAAAUGGUAAGCCAUUCUAGUAUUUCUGUCACACGUAGAUAUUAUACAUUAAUAUGUUUAAUGUUUUACCUGUAGAUGCCUUCAAGUGUAGUACAUCCGUGUUUUCUGUACAAGUGUUUCCGUUUUGGUAGAUGCCUGUUUUGGUAUAUUAUCCUCACCUAUCAAAUAGCCUCAAAUUUUACUGAAAAAAUUCAUAACAGAAAUAAGAAGGGAGUCAUUUAAUAGGAAAAUGGUGGUGAAAGGCAGAGUUAAAGGUUAUAAAGUUCUUUGUACCUCAUGAUGUACUUAUGCAUGACAAGCAUUCUCUGAAGGGAAUAGGAUAACACUGAGAGCAUUUGUCAUCUUCACUAGGCAUCCCUUUGAUGCUACAUCCACCUCUAACUUUCUUUUAAUAGAGCUCCUGUAUACGAGAGAGAUUUGUGCCUUGUUCGAUUCCUUUGCAAAUUUUGAGCAUCAGGGUAUCUUACUUAUUUCUAAUUUUUUUCUCUUCAGUACAAUGAAAAACUGAAGGAAAAUGCUACUGAGUGAAGCACAGUGUAAAUGUUUAUGGCAUUUAUGCUAGAACAUUGCUGAAAAACAUGAUUUCUUGUCAAUAUUUCGGCAGCAACUUCUUUUUACUUAUGAAUUGUAAUUGGUUUGUAGUUAGUUCAUAGUCUAUUUUAUCCCCAUUUUUCUGUGUUCAAAAUAUUCUACUUGGCAUGGCAUAGUUAGAAUUUGUCAUUUAUACCCUGACUUGAAAGUAAAUUGGAGCAUAGUGCUUCAUUGCUAUUUUGGUGAUAGCAUUUGCUUUGAUAUUUUUCUGUAUAAUACUUUAAAAUCAACUUAUAUUUAAAAAUUGAAUGAUUGUGUGAAAAUACAUGUUUAAUUUUAUUUUUUGUCUCCAAAGCAGAAUUUAGAACCAAGAUUUACUUGCAGUUAUCAAUGGAUUUGUGAGGUUAGAAGGUCUAUAAAAACUCUGUUUCUUUUCACUACUUUUACUAUCCUUUUGAUUAAUAGGGCAGUUAGGUGACACAGCAGAUAGAAUAGGGGACUUGGAGUCAGGAAGACUCACCUUCCUGAGUUCAGAUCUGGCCUCACAUACUUGCUGGCUAUGUGACCCUGGGCAAGUCACUCAAGCCUGUUUGCCUUCAUUUCCUUAUCUUUAAAAUGAAUUGGAGAAGGAAAUAGCAAACCACUUAUCUUUACUAGAAAAUCCCAAAUAAGGUUGAGAAGAGUUGGACAUGACUGAAAUGAUUGAACAGCAACAAUAAUGAUUAACACUAUAGUAUAGUUUGACCAGAAAGCUCUUUGGUUCAGAUCUAGCCUAAGCUCUUUCUAAGAAAAUUUAUCUUAAAUACCUGAGCAAUUGAUAUAGUUCCUGAUUUGGGGGAGUCACUUAAAUUCUCUUAAAUUCAACUGUAAAAUGAGAAGGUCAGACUACAUAGACUCAGUCUCUUCUGUAUCUAAAAUUAUAAUCCAAUCCUUGGGAACAUGGGAAUCAUAUUCUCUAUUAUGGAUUCAUCUACAACAUAGUCCUGAAGCAACCUCAGUGUCAUCACGCAUAACUUCUCUUUCACUCUCACCACGCAUAUGCAAUUAGUUGACAAAUAUUGUCAUUUCCACCCCAGUAACAUCUCUCCUUCUCUCUUCUCAUAGUCAGUCAUCUCCCUAAUUCAUUUCCCCAUCACCUUUCACCUGGAUUUCCAAUCAUCUUCCAAUUCUAUAUGCUAAUUGGAGCCUCUUUCUCCAGUUUCUCUCUUCUUAACCCCUUCUUCUUGCACACUGCAGCCUGAGCUACUUUUCUAAAGUGUAAGGUGUCCAUGUCAUGUCAUUGUUUUUUAUGUAAACUCUGAUGGCCGCAUCUUACCUCUAAUAUCAAAUAUAUACUUCUUUAUAAGGCCUUGCAAUUCUUCUCAGCCAUGUCCCUAACUUCCCUUCCAGUCUUCUUAAAUAUUACUACACUCCACAUGCUCUGUGGGAUAACCAUACUCAUCUACUUGCUGGUCUUUGUACAUGAGGCUCCAUUGUCUGUUUCUAUGCCUAUGCCUUGGCCAUCUUUUGUAUCUGGACUGUUUGCCCUUCUCAACUUCAGUUCUUAUAAUACCCAUUUUCCUUACAGUGCUCAAGUGCUACAUUUUUUAGGAGGCUUUUAGUUUUUUUAGUUUUUUUUAGUUCUCCACAAUUUAGUGCCAUUUCUUCAAGCUUUCUUUCAUCUACUCCCUAUGUAUCAUAUAUAUUUUGUCUCUUCUAUUAGAAAGUAAGCUUCUUGAGGGUCAGGAUUAUUUUUGUUUUUUAUUUAUAUUUCCAGUUCUUGGCUACAGAGCUUGAUACAUAGUAAGUACUUAAUACAUGUUUGAAUGUUUGCUGAUUUAUUAAUUGAUUAAAGCAUAAACCUCUAAACUUGGCUCUAAAGAUCAAGAUUUCAGUGUACACAACUGAAAUUAUCAACUAAGUUUCUAAAAAUUAAGUUCUGUUCAGAAGAAAAUAUGGCAUCUCUGGCACUGGCAGGGAAAUAAGAACAAGAAAUAACUUAAAAUUGACAGUUGGCAUUGAAUUAUAUAAAUACAGAAAACCAUUAUUAUUAUAUUAACCAACAUCCACGUGUCAGGUGUCUAAAGUGUCUAAAGUCUAAAAUGUUAUUUUUCUUAAGAUAUGUCCUAUAUACCCUGUCCUAUUUUGAGAUGACUACUUCAAUGUUUUGAUCAUUGUUAGCAUUCUAGAAAAAGAGAGUACAGUCCAGUAUGCUUUACAAAACAGCUCAAUUGUGUAUUUAUCUUUCAGUGUUAGUACUGAGAUUUAGAUCUUCAGAAUAUAAAUAGGGUAAAAUUACAGAUGACAUCAAUCCUUAAUUCUGAGGAUUAGAUAGGAUGCUAAUAAGAGAAGCAACUUUUUUUAAAGUAGAAAAAUUAACUCUGUCCCUUUCAACUUUUUUCUUAUCUUUUUCCUUUCCCUGAUACAGUUUUCUUCUUUUGCUUUUCUUUCCACCUAAAUCAUUUCUCUUUCUCUUUCUAUUCCUUUACUACAGUAGUACUUAUGAUCUGCAAAACAUUUUACAUCUAUUAUCUCAUUUAAUCACUCAACAAUAUGGUAAGAUAGAUUCUACAGGUGUUAUUGUUCCAUAUAUGGAGGUUAACAAACUAAAUCUCAGAGAUGUUAAGUGACUGGCUUGUGGUCACACAAUGGGUGAAAGAAGUGGGAUUUGAGUUCAAUUCUUCCUCAUUCUAGAGCUAGUACUCUGUCAACCAUGUUAUCUUGUUUCCAAAAUGAAUCCUUUUUUAAUACUGAUUUGAACUUUAUAUUUGGAAGAAAGGAGAAAAGCUAACUAUCCUUCCUCCUUUACUGGAUUGGAAUUUAAAAUUAUUUUAGUUACUAAAUUUGGGAAACCAUGCUUCUUCAUUUUAAGUAUAAGCAUAAGCCUUAGUUCCUUUAUUCCUCCAAUCUCCCACCACCUUAGCUUGUGAUCACAAGCCACUUAAAUUUUUUUUCACUAAAGAAAUUCUCUAUUUCUAAUUUUCAAACUAACCUAUCUCAUUCCUUUAUUCCCGUCUCUUCUUCCUUCUUUUUGUUUCUGCCCAUUGAAUAUAACUCUACCCUUGUCAAUAUUUUUCCUCUAAAUGUUUUCAACUCCCCAUGAAUGGUAAAAUUAGCCAUUUCAUUUGACAUGAAAAAGGGGACAUUUGAUGGUAAUUUUAUUUUAAUAUUAAAGUAUGUUUGAAGUAAUUUAAUUUUUUUUUUGUCUAAGAAAAGCCUACCUUGAUUUGUUCCCAUUUCAGGUCAACCUUUAAUAUAUGAAAAUGGAAAUUAACUGAAUUGUGAGAUGUUCUCUCUCUCUCUCUCUCUCUCUCUCUCUCUCUCUCUCUCUCUCUCUCUCUCUCUCUCUCUCUCUCUCUCUCUUCUCUCUCUCUUUCUGUACUUACUUUUUUUAAACUUCAGCCAUGAUCUCUCAUUCAGCCAUUUUACCUCACUGUUCAAACCAUACAAAAAAUUUGCUGAUCUCUAAUAUUUGAAUUUCAUUUUUUAGAAAAAAAUUUCAGGUAGACAAUAUAUAUAACAAAAAGUUUGGGGAAAAACUAAACCUCUUCCACUCUACACUUAUUUAUAUUGAGGAAUAAUUUACCUAAUCUUACCAGUAGGAUGUGCUAUUUUCCAUAAAAUAUCUCUUUACAACUCUAACAAUGUUAGUGCCAGAUACUACUUGAAAUAUAUGUACCAAACAAACAACUCCGAAGAACACAACUGUAUUAAAAAUUAGUGCUAUGUAUUUAGAAACUGAAAAACAAAUUUAAAGAGUAAAAAGAUAUUUGGAAAUUGGUCCUAUAUCAAACUGAAUGAAUAUGAUAAAAUAUGCACUCCUUCUUUUUCUGUCACCUUUAUUAACAUAAAAGACAUUGCAGAAAACUAGGUGAAUCUACAUUUUGUAAUGUUGAUAGUGGUCUCAUUUAUUAUGUAGAUGUGGCUAUUUGUGAUAGCUGGAAAUGGUAUAAUAUUUAUGACAAAGUUUAUAUGAUUAGUGCAGACAUAGCUAAAAACAGCGCCCAGGUAAAUUAUCCUAUGUGUAAUUAUGAUACAUUUUAAAGUGUAUUUUUUCAUGUAAUUAUCAUCAAUGAGCCUUAAUUAUAGAUUCCAGGCCAAUUGCCAGACCGAUCAUCAAUCCAUUAUUGCACUAUUCUUAUCCUGUACUGGAGAAGAUGGUCCAGAUGAGUUUUCUUCAAUUGUAUUUCAAGUUUUUAAAGUGUCCUAAAAACAAUGAUAAAAAUUAAUUUUAGAUUCCCAUGAAAAGUUUCGGAAGAGAUUCUAAGACCCUCAUAUAAAUGACAUUUUUCUUUUCCUAGGCCAAUUUAUUAUGCAGCUGUACCAUAACAGUCAUACUGUUAAUAUCUGAAAACCAUGUAUUUUGAUUUUGUAAAAGAUGUCUUGACCUACUAUGAUAAGGAUCAUUGCUUUUGACAAUUUAAAGAAAAUUAUCCAGUUAAAAUUCUUAGUAACACAGAAGAGAGAUUACAUUUAACAGAUAAGCCAUGGCAAAUGCAGAAGAGGAAUUAAAAAAUGUACAAUAUGUUUUAAAAUGAUAAAUGUGUAAUAAAUUACAUCCAAGAGAUCUGUAUAUAUUUUCUGCACAGAUGGAACUUUUAGUAGUUGCUAACUUUUCAAUUGUUUAAUUUGAAAAGCUACACAAAUUUCAAAGAUAAGUGAAUGAUGUUUAAAUGUUUCAUUGAUUUAUGAGUUUGUGUAAAAGCUUUGUAGUUUUAUAUGGUUAUAUAAUGCUAAUCUUUUUACUUAGAAAUAACAGUAUUUUAGAACUCAGUAACAGCUCAGUGAAACACUUAAAAUGUUUAAACAUACAAGUCAUAAAAAUAUUUAUUUUAGACCAUUUAAUUUUAUCGUGUAACAUUUGAACUGCCUCUAGAUGUAAAUAAUUAUCUGCCUAAAUGUUAUAUUUUAUAUGUAUACAUUUUUGAAAAUGUAUUGUUUUGUAAAGUGGCAAAGAUCAUAAAUUAAGUACUCCUUGCACUUGUUUCUGUGAAGCAUAAAGCUCUAUUUUAAAUAAAAAAAUAAAAAUUU